GAGGUGCGGAGCGGAGCCUGUGGUAAGUAACGAGGUGGGGCCGGGUCCUGUGCGCCGCCCGCCGCAGCGCGGGGUGCUUGUACGGGGGCUCGGGGGAGGUCGGGGAGGGAGCCCUCAUCUCUUCCUUCGCUUCCUCCUGCCGCUGACGGCCCCCGGCAGCACGCAGUCCGGCUUUCCAGCCUUGGUUGUUGCUCUUGUUGGGAGGGUGAGGCUGAGCUGGAUGUCUGGGGAGCGAGCGGGGCGAGCCGGGGGCACCGUGCUCUGCCCGGCAGCGCUCGGCGUGCCCUGCUGAGUGAACGCAGCUGUGCUACGUUCGGCUCCGGGACGGGUCGCUGGAAAUGUAAUUUUGUGUGCUUUAAAGAUAACUGGAUGGUUGGAAAUUCCUCAGUGUUUGUCUCGUGGCUGUUCUUGUAUGUAAACUCUCUGCUAACAAAUGCACUGGAAAGGACGGUGCAGGUGAAGUAACUGGCUGCGUGCAGAGUGCCGGUUGGGUACUGUGGCCUCCUCUUGGCUGGGCACGAGCACCGCAGAAGCCAGUGUUCUUAUCUCAGGAAAGUGGCUGCCAACACGCCUGCACUCUUAAGUCAGAGCUGCUUGUGCUGGCAAUGAGAUCACCUGGCUGCUUAAUUACAGCUGCAGAGCUCCCCGGAGGCCUGCCUGGACUAGCCAAGAAGCCUUUGGCGAGCAGAGCUGCCUUAGGGCAGGGUGUGAGGCUGGGACCUGCUCCUUGUGGAGCCUGCUGUGCCCCACUGCCAGCAGCUGGUGAGCAGCCAUGCAUGUGUGUGCGCUGUCUUACACCCGUACCUCCUGGGCAUGGCUGCCCCGGGGCAGCCCUUACUGCUGGCUAACUGAAAAGGUACUGCUGUCCUUCCCACGCGAGCUGGCAUGGGAACAGCAUGGGGAGGAUAAGUGGAAGUCUCUUCUGUGGAAGAGCACAAGGUCACCGUGAAGUACUGACUUCAGUUCCUUCUUGUUUUUUGUCUAAUGAAUUCUCAGCACCCUUUUCAGGGUAUUGGAGCCGGCUCCUGGCUGUCGGAUCCUUCAAUACUCCAUCCUCCUGGGGAGGGGGAGAGGGGCUGCACCCCACGUUGCCAAAUAUUGCACGGGAAAUCUGGGGCGAAGCUGGAAACCCGAGCCAGGUCUUCAGAUCUUGUCACUGCCAUGCCGAACUGGGGAGGUGGCAACAAAUGUGGUGCCUGCGGCCGGACGGUCUACCAUGCUGAGGAGGUGCAGUGCGACGGACGGAGCUUCCAUCGCUGCUGCUUCCUCUGCAUGGUUUGCAGGAAGAAUUUGGACAGCACAACUGUUGCGAUUCACGAUGCUGAAGUUUACUGCAAAUCUUGCUAUGGAAAGAAGUACGGCCCAAAAGGUUACGGCUAUGGGCAAGGGGCGGGCACGCUGAACAUGGACAGGGGAGAGAGACUAGGCAUCAAGCCUGAGAGCACACCCUCUCCUCACCGACCCACCACAAACCCAAAUACUUCAAAAUUCGCUCAGAAGUUUGGAGGUGCAGAGAAAUGUUCUCGGUGUGGGGAUUCUGUUUAUGCGGCGGAGAAAGUCAUAGGUGCUGGAAAGCCAUGGCACAAGAACUGCUUCCGAUGUGCCAAGUGUGGGAAAAGUCUAGAAUCUACAACCCUAACUGAAAAAGAGGGAGAAAUCUACUGUAAAGGCUGUUACGCAAAGAACUUCGGCCCUAAAGGAUUUGGCUAUGGUCAGGGAGCAGGAGCCCUCGUUCAUGCCCAGUGAGGGAGUCCAGCGCAACCUGCACAGCUCUGCACAGAUUCAGCUAAAGGAAAGUUUCCAAAAUGUUACUAACCACUGUGACACAGAUGCUAGUUGACUGUAGUGUUUGGGCCAUACUUUUAGAUGGUUUUUUUUUUUUUUGUAAGCACUGCUUUCUUCCUUGCUUUAUGUACCACACUUUUCAUACUGUGUAUCAGUUCAAUAAAGCUUUGCUUGUUGACGUA